AUGCAGGCCGCUAGUGCUACUUGGGAGGAAAGGAGCAGGGGCUCGCCGUCGGCCAUGGAGAAGGGCGGCGACCAGAGCGCCAGGAAGGCGAGGCUGGAGCUGGUGGUGGCCAACGGCCCUGUGAAGCGACAGAUGGUCGUGCACGAGGCGGGCGAGAUCGUGCCGGCGGAACAGGGCCCGACGAUGCAGAUCUCCGUCAAGAUGGACGUCGCCGUGCUCCACUGCCCCUUCUGCUUCCUCCCCUUCAAGCCACCCGUCUUCCAGUGCAACGGCGGCCACCUGGCCUGCGGCGACUGCCGCGGCGAGCAGCCUGGGAGCCAGUGGCAGUGCGAGAGGUGCGAGCGGGGCGGCGCCUUUGACAUCCGCAGCACGGCGAUGGAGGCCGUUGUCUCCUCGGCCAGGGUCGAGUGCCCGCACGACGGCUGCGGGAGGUACAUCACCUACCACGAGCUUGACGACCACCAGAGCGCGUGCCCGCACGCGGCCUGCAAGUGCCCGGUUCCCGGCUGCGACUUCGCCGGCCCGCCGCCCGCGCUCCUCCGCCACCUCAACACUCUCCACUCCGUGCCCGUACAUAGCGUCCAGUACCGCAAGGUGCUCCAGCUGCAGGUGCCGGUGUCUGAGCCGCGGCGCCUGCUGCUCGCAGAGGAGGACGCCCGCGCUUUCCUCGUGGUCGGCGGCGCGCUUGGCCUGGGCACGCCCCUCACCGUGUCGGUGGUGUGCAUCAGGGCGGGGGCGUCCCAAUUGCCGCUCUAUGCGGCCAAGGUAUGGGUGAACGGACCACAGGCAGCGGCCAAUGGCAGGGCUGACACCGUCAGUGCGGACAUCGAGGUGACGAGCAGCAAGGAGCCCGGCGCCGUCGACAUCGAGGAUCUGACGUUCUUGACGGUGCCGUCCAAGCUACUGGCUGGGGCUGGGCCCUCCAGGACGGUGUCUCUCCACAUUCGCAUAGACAAGAUCACCUCCUAAAUGAUUCCAUGAAGCUUAGUGAUCUAAUG